AUGUCGAUUGACCCGAAAAGGAAAGGAUUUACGAGCACCACUCCUCCAGCUUCACUGACCAAACUCUUGCUUCGUUCUCUGUCGCGUCUUAAGUCAAGAACGCCAAGCAACACCAUCCCUGUCUCUUCUUUUUCUCUUAAAUCGGAACAAGAUUAUAUUGCUCGGCAGCGAUUGUCAAAAGACAUUAUGCCACCAUUCUUGAGACAAGAGAUGGCAUCACUAUUACAAUUAGUGGAUUCAUAA